AUUGUGGUCCAUUGUGGUCCGGUAUGAUCUGAUCCACGGCGUAUUUUCAUUUGUGUGUCUGAAUUUUUGUUUUUAUAUUUCAAAAUGAGCAUGUUAGCUGAAGUGAAAUCAAAGCAAAAAUGGAGCGAUGAUCCUAGAAAUACAAGAUGGGCAAACGACAAAACAAAAUUUGGUUAUACAAUGCUUACUAAAAUGGGAUGGAGUGAAGGAAAAGGUUUGGGCCAAAAUCUUUCUGGAGAAGCAACGCAUAUUAAAGUCAAAAAAAGAAUUAAUAACUCAGGUAUUGGUUUAAAAAAGCCAUCAGAUGAUGAAUGGAUUUCUCAACAAGAUGAUUUUAAUGCUCUGCUAAUUCAGCUGAAUCAAGGAGUUAAUUGCAAUGGUGUCACAAAUAUUAAAAGUUUAGAAGAUCGUGUAAGAGCAUCAAAGAAAAAAAUUUUAUAUACAAAGUUUGUGAAAAGUAAAGAUUUAUCAAAUGCAUCUAGCCAAGAUCUUGCUGCAAUAUUUGGAACAAGAAGCAAGUCUGCUCCUGUGACCCCACAAAUAAGUGAAGACGAUUCAGAUGCUGCCAGUGUGGUGUCCUGUCCUGUAGCUGAUAGUAAUAAUGAGCAUGGUAUUACCACUCUACAUACAGGAAUCAGUAUUCAUGAUUAUUUUGCAAUGAAAAUGGCAUCUAUAAAGCAAAAAAGUCAAAAAAUGUCAAACGUUGAGGAGCCAGCGAUGUCACCUGCAAAGAACCUUCCUGUCAAUGAAAACCACAAAAAAAACAAAAAACAAAGAAACCACGAUGAAGAUGAACAAGAUGAGAAAAAGAAAAAAACAAAAAAGAAGAAAAAGUGUCGCGAUAAGUCAGAUGACGAGAAAUUAGUUGAAUCAAAAGAUUCGAACGUUAUAUCAAAUACAAAUAGCGUUACUGAAAUGAUAAAAAACAAACGCAAACUUCUCGAAAAAGAAAACGAUUCAGUUCAUAUAAAGUUUGACCUUAACAGAUCCGAUAUAUCUGAAAUAAAAUGUGAUGUAAAAAAAUCAUCGAAGAAAAAGGCUCACAACGACGGUAAAGGUAAUGAUCCAAAAAUAAUAGAAUGUGAUGCAAAACUUUCUAAAGAUAAAAAAAGAAAACGACAUUACGAAGAAUCAAUUGUUAUCGAGUCUUCGGACAUCGAAAUUACUGAUAUCAAGUUUUAUGACGGUAAAGGUAAUAAUCCCAAAAUAAUAGAAUGUGAUGCAAAGCUUUCUAAAGACAAAAAAAGAAAACGACAUUACGAAGAACCAAUUAUUAUCGAGUCUUCGGACAUCGAACCUACUGAUAUUGAGUUUACGGACACUAAUAAGAAAAAUUCUAAAAAAAAAAAGAAAAAAAACAAAAAGGUAGAAAAGAAAGAAUAAAAAUUAUUUUUUUAUUUUCUUCAAAAUGUCAAAAUUUGAUUUAAACAAAUAUAAUAUUUUCAUAUUAAUAUUAUCAAAAUUAUACUGUUAUAACAUUUGAAAAAUAUUUGAUACUACAGCUUAAGCCUCUCAUAAUCUCUCACAGAAUUUUUAUUCAUUAUUAAAAUCAAGAGAACUUA